CUUGCCUUGCAUUGACUGGAAAUUUCACUAUUCAAUAACUUCUCUGUCCCAUUGCUGCCAUUUCAUAGCCAACUCUUUGUUAUAUUUAACUUACUCUUCUUUGCUUCUUGCUCAUAACGAUAACUUGAAAGCCUUACGUUCAGAUAGAUAAUCAUUGACCAGUCCAUCCUAAAUCAUUCUAUUUAAUUUAGAAAUGCACAAAGAAAAACGCAAGCAAUCCAAAGAUGAAGAAAACGAUUCAUCCUUGCGGAAGAGAAGAAAAGCUGACCUCAGUAAGCCUGUCAGUUUUGUCUCCACAGCUGCCAUGACAGAGCCAGAGUCUUCUCGAUCGAGACCUGAAGGGACCUAUGAUGUCUUCUUGAGCUUUAGAGGAGAAGACACUCGCCACACAUUUACAGAUCAUCUCUAUACUGCCUUGAUCCAAGCAGGAAUCCACACUUUUCGAGAUGAUGAUGAACUUCCGAGAGGAGAAGAAAUCUCCGAUCAUCUCAUCAGGGCAAUUCAAGAAUCAAAGAUAUCCAUAGUUGUCUUCUCAAAAGGAUAUGCUUCUUCUAGAUGGUGUCUCAAUGAACUUGUAGAGAUUCUUAAGUGCAAAAAUAGGAAAACCGGUCAGAUUGUUCUUCCUAUAUUUUAUGACAUUGAUCCUUCAUAUGUGAGAAAACAGAAUGGCAGUUUUGCAGAAGCAUUUGUUAAACAUGAAGAGCGUUUUGAAGAGAAGUUGGUGAAGAAGUGGAGAAAAGCUCUUGAGGAGGCUGGAAAUCUAUCUGGAUGGAAUCUCAAUGAUAUGGCAAAUGGGCAUGAAGCAAAAUUUAUCCAAGGGAUUAUCAAGAAUGUGUUGAACAGAUUGGAUCCCAAGUACUUAUAUGUUCCUGAGCACCUAGUAGGUAUUGAUCCCCUUUCUCACGACAUUUUUGACUUUCUAAGUACUGCAACAGAUGAUGUAUGCAUUGUGGGCAUACAUGGGAUGCCAGGAAUAGGAAAGACCACUAUAGCACAAGUUGUAUUUAAUCAACUCUGCAAUGGAUUCGAGGGAAGCUGUUUUCUUUCGGAUAUAAAUGAAAGAUCAAAACAAUUUAAUGGUCUGGCUCUUUUACAAAAGCAACUUCUUCAUGAUAUUUUAAAACAAGAUGCUGCGAACAUCAAUUGUGAUGAUAGAGGAAAGGUUCUGAUCAAAGAGCGACUUUGUCGCAAAAGAGUUCUUGUUGUUGCUGAUGAUGUUGCUCAUCAGGACCAGCUAAAAGCUGUGAUGGGAGAUCGAAGUUGGUUUGGUCCCGGAAGUAGAGUAAUUAUUACAGCAAGAGAUUCAAAUCUUCUUCGUGAAACAGAUCAAACAUAUCGGAUAGAAGAAUUGACACGAGAUCAGUCCCUUCGGCUUUUCAGCUGGCAUGCCUUCAAGGACACCAAGCCAGCAGAAGAUUAUAUUGAGCUUUCGAAGAAAGCCGUUGGUUACUGUGGAGGACUUCCUUUAGCUCUUCAGGUUAUAGGAGCUCUUCUGUACAGGGAAAACAAAGAUAGAUGGGAAAGUGAAAUUGACAACUUGAGCAGAAUUCCAAACCACGAUAUUCAAGGAAAGCUUCUAAUAAGUUAUCACGCACUUGAUGGUGAACUACAAAGAGCAUUCCUUGAUAUUGCAUGCUUCUUUAUUGGUAUAGAGAAAGAAGACGUCGCAAAAGUGCUUGGAGCCCGUUGCCGUCCCAAUCCAGAAGUUGUUUUGGAAACUCUCAGUGAAAGGUCUCUGAUUAAAGUUAAUGCCAUUGGAAAGAUAACCAUGCAUGAUCUAUUACGAGACAUGGGAAGGGAGGUCGUUCGUGAAUCGUCUCCCUUGCUUCUUGGAAAGAGGACCAGAAUUUGGAAUAAAGACGAUGCAUGGAAUGUACUUGACCACCAGAAGGGUACGGAUGUUGUAGAGGGUCUUGCACUGGAUGUCAGAGCAUCAGAAGAUAAAUCACUUAGCGCAGGAUCAUUUGCAGAAAUGAAAUUCUUAAAUUUACUCCAAAUCAAUGGAGUACAUCUCACCGGAUCCUUCAAACUGCUUUCUAAAGAGUUGAUGUGGAUUUGUUGGCAUGAAUGUCCUUUGAAAUAUUUUCCAUCUGAUUUUACCUUGUACAAUCUAGCUGUUCUUGAUAUGCAGUACAGUAACCUUAAAGAACUAUGGAAAGGAAAAAAGGAUCUCAACAGGCUAAAAAUCCUUAAUCUCAGUCAUUCUCAGCACCUUAUUAAAACACCAAACUUGCACAGUUCAAGUCUAGAGAAACUAAUUCUGAAAGGUUGCUCGAGUUUAGUUGAGGUGCAUCAAUCUAUUGGAAAUUUGACGAGCAUCGUUUUCUUGAAUCUAGAGGGAUGUUGGAGUCUGAAGAUUCUCCCUGAAAGCUUUGGCAAUAUAAAGUCUCUUAAAUGUUUGAAUAUUUCUGGGUGUUCACAACUUGAGAAAUUGCCAGAACGCAUGGAUGAUAUGGAAUCCUUAACUGAGUUGCUAGCCGAUGGGAUUGAAAAUGAGCAAUUUCUCUCUUCAAUUGGACAAUUAAAGCAUGUCAGAAGGUUAUCAUUGCGUGGAUACAGUUCGGCUCCACCAAAUUGUUCUUUGAUUUCAGCAGGUGUUUCGAAUUUGAAACGUUGGCUGCCAACAUCUUUCACUGAAUGGAGAUUAGUGAAACGUCUUAAGCUUUCUAAUGGUGGUUUGCCUGAUCACGCAACUAACUGUGUUGAUUUUAGAGGUUUGUCCGCUCUACAAGAAUUGGAUCUAACAGGAAACAAAUUCUCUAGCCUGCCUUCUGGGAUCGGCUUCCUUCCCAAGCUAAGGUUCUUGUCUGUUCAGGCAUGCAAAUAUCUUGUAUCAAUCCCAGAUCUUCCCUCAAGUUUAUGCUGUUUGACUGCAUCUCAUUGCAAAUCAUUGAAAAGAGUAAGACUACCAAUCGAACCAAAAAUAGAACUAUCUAUAAAUCUAGAUGAAAGUCAUUCGUUAGAAAAGAUUCAGGGCAUCGAAGGUCUAAGUAAUAGUUUCUGGUAUAUUCGUGUUGAUGACCGCAGUCAUUCACCAAGUAAAUUACCGAAGAGUGUUGUUGAGGCAAUGUGCAACGGUCGUCACCCUUAUCAAAUUUCCCCCAUUCAUGGUGAGAUGCCAAAUUGGAUGAGCUAUUUUGGGGGCCAACGAUCGUCACCGGUAUUUUAUUCACUGCCUUCCUGGAUGAGCUACAGUGGAGAAGGAUGCUCAUUGUAUUUCCAUAUGCCUCCAGUCUUCCAAGGCUUAGUUGUUGGGUUUGUUCCACAUUAUCCCUUAGAGACUCGCAUUAUUAUUAUUAUAAGAAAUAAAAGCAAUGGCAUUCAAUUGUUUGAAGAUAAACGAACAGCAGAAACUCUCACACCAAGAAGUGCGGGAUGGAUAAGAUACAUAAGUAGAAGUGAAAUGGCAAUGGAACAUUACUGUGCAGAUGACGAAUUGGAACUACACAUUUCUGCAGAGCCAAGAGGAGAUGCAGUGCGCAUCAUUAAAGAAUGUGGGGUCCAUGUGAUCGCAAAGAAGUCAGAUUCAUUUGAAGAGUCUGAAGUGGGAAGAGAUACAGUAAUGCCUUCACCACCACUGUAUCAUCUGCUUCCUCAUCCCCAUUGUGGUUCAAUUACAGCGUCUACACCUAAGCAAUGGAGUGACUUUUUAUUUGCGAAGCUGCAAGAACAUAGCUUCGAUUUAUGGCUUUCUGGGUACAAACGACUUGAAUUGACGUGAGAGUACAAGAUCAUUUUAUGUGGAGAUACUUGAAGUUGCUCCAAAUCAGUAUAGACGUUUAAAAAGGGAGUUUUUCAUGAAUACAACCCUUCAUGUAUUUAAUAUGAAUGAUGGGAGAUUUUAAUGUCUUGUAAAUGCAUUCAUUUAUAUAUGGAUGAUUUUGCUAAGAA